UUUAUAUUUUGUGUAAAAUGGAAUUUUUUAAUAUAACAAAAUUUGGUUUCCGAGAAACGUUUAAACCACAUCUGUUAAAAAAUUAUAAGGAGCCACCCUAUUCUGAAACACCUAUUUUAACUUGUGUAGAUGGCAACUAUGAUGGAUUUGCAUAUGGUUCGUUCCAUAGAUUUAAUAGAACUCGUGAUAGGGGAUUGUAUAAACCUGUUGGACCUACAAGUAUGUACAAGAGACCAAUUACUUGUUCAAUGGAUUAUGGUUUUUGGAAAGAUGAUUCGGCAUUAAAAAAUCAAAAUUGGUAUGCAAAACUUAAACAUUUACCUCGAAAAACUUCUGAAAGAACACGGUUUUAUGAUUAUGCUCUGAGUAUGAACAAAUAUUACCAUGAUUAAUAAUCGAAAUUAAUCAAUUUGUAUAAAUUUAUUUAAAAUAAAAAGUACCG